CCCAAGUCCAGCUCACCAUGUUAACUCUUCAAUUUAUGUUUAUAUGUAUAGUGAUGGCUGUAUGAAAUGGAAUGGUGGGCUGAUUGCUUAGCCGUCAGGAAACAGUGUACACAAGCUUUUCGCCACUCUGCUUUUUGAGGGGGAUUUUUGCCGAAUAACGUCUGUAAAUACUGACUCCAUUUUCAGGUCUCGCUUCAAGACUGGUUUUCGUGUUAAUUAGAUUGAAGCGUUAUAAGGAUUCUGUUAAUUUGUAUCCGUGGUACCAACUACUUGAGUUAGGAUUACAAUGGGGGAUAUAUACUCAAAGCCAGAACCCGGAAACCCCAAGCCUCCUGCCAAUAUACCCGCUGGUACCUCUCAAAAUUCACGGACGAGAGAAGUUGGUACGAACGGGUCACAUCACUCUGGAGGCGAUCCACUGUCCGGUCCAACUUUGGAGGCCUUGUCGCGAAUCCAAGGAGGGAACCCCCAGGUGAUAUCAGUUGGUAAUCCUUCUGGGUCACGGAGCAAUCCCAUAGCUGACCAAAUAUUCAACUCGGUGGCAGUUAACCGCGGGACGAGACCCCAAGAUACUGCUAGCAACACUGCCGCGUUGUCAUGUGCGCUCUCAAACGAACUGUUGGCCACAGCUCAUUUGAGUGGCCAGUUUACUGCGGCACAGUUAAACGCUCUCGUCGCUGCUUGUCAGCAGCAACAACAGCAGCUGCAACGCUCUUCUGGUACUGCAGGGAAUCCGCACGCCCCUAGUAUCCCGUUUGCGCAGACGUUGGUAUCUGCAUCCGGCAUCAAACCUCCACCCUCUUCAACAGCGUCUUUGAGUUCCACUGGUUCUGGAGCCGGAAACGUUGGUGGGAGUUCUCAUUCUAGCCGUUCUCUUCCUUCACAUAUAGUCCAAGCAAACCCGUUGUCUACCUCACAUAGCCACCAUCAGAAGCGCCCAUCGAGCGGCCAAGCUCCGUUCCAGUCUGGUCACGGUCCUCAAUCCGGUCUGAACACAAUCGGAGGCCGUCCACCGUCAGCUUCACAGCCUGCCCAACUGCAGCGUAACUCCCUAACUGGUCAGCCCAGUUUCUCACACUUACAUCACUCCGGACACCAUAAUCCGCCGCACCACAGCCACCUGGAUCAGAAUGCUGCCACAACUAUUGGUGGUCAGAACUCUUUGUCUGGAUGUCGUACCCAACCUGCACAUCAUAGCCAGUCAGGUGCAACUGCAUCCUCUUCACCGGGCCCGGUGGCAGUUGGGUAUCAGGGUCGUCGUUCCCAACUAGCUCCUCCCAGUUCCCAUUCUAGCAAACGAUCGCGAGUCGCUAGUAACCUACCAUCGUCACCGCAACAACAGCAGCACUCACUCUCACAGCACGGCCUCUCUUCGCUGCCCGCUACGACGCACGUUGCAACCUCCACCAUUGCUAGUGGAAUGGAGGCCUUUAUGAAUACUGUUGCAGCUACCAAGGCAAUGGCCAAUCUGAAUCCUGCGGCGGCUGCUGGAUUCCUUAACCCUGCUCUUUAUGGCUCAGCCAGUGAGGCAGCGGCGGUUGCUGCUGCUUUUUCACCGCUGUUUACAGCUGCCAUAUCCGGGAGUUCAGCUGCCACUGCACCCUCUCCAAAUAAUCUCGGCGUUUUUCCGAAUACCCAUUAUACCGGACAGCACCAACGAACUCCAAGCACCACCAGUGGUAACACUGCAGCCGCAGCUGCGGCGGCUGCAUUACAACAAGAUCAACAGCACUUGCUACCACCCUCCGUAGCUUAUUCGAACCCUCUCCUGACAGGGUCACUUUUAAAUUCAAUGAAUCAUGCUAGAAACACGUAUCCCCAUAUCACAGCAACUACACUGGCUCAUAAUGCUACGCCCAGUGGGUCGCACCAAUCCGGCAGCCAUCCGUCAUCUGCCCAUUUAUCAACUAAACCAGGUCACUCAGCCAGUCUGCUUCCAAUGGCUUCUCGUCUGCCGUCUGGACACUUGAAUCAUCCUCACCACUAUUUAGCAGGUCAUCCUGCCCCACACAGUUUCCACAGUCCUCCUCACAAUGUACCGCAAAGCGGUUCAACCCCUCAUCACCUCUUACCUCAGGGGAGUGGCGUGUUACGACAGCAAACCAAGGAACCGGCUUAUCAUCCUCAAGUGGAAGCUAUUUCUCCCGCUCCGGAGGAAUCUCGUCUUUCCGAUGCCCAGGAUGCCAAAAUUCAUCGCGAACGCGAAGAACUCAGUCGUCAGUUGAUGAACGUUGAGGCCGAUCUGAAUAAACAACGGGCGCAUCAGCGCCUACUAGAUGAACGUGAGGCCAGAUUGACCAGUCGAUUGGCUUCGACUGGUUCCUCCACCAAGUCAGUGGAAUCAAAGACCCUUGGCUUAGAGGGUCAACAAUCUCCCAAAUCAGAUCUGGCCCCCACAGUUGAUUUGACGACCGACUUGGAGCGUGCAUAUGAGAAUCCAAUACAGGCGAAUUUACCGUACUUGUGUGCGAUUCGAACAGAUUUUCGGCAGCGAUUCCGUUUAAAGUUGGUCAACUAUUUGCGUCGCCGGAAAAAAGCCGAAGAAGCUCGUGUCAAGUAUCUGGCGCAACAGUAUGCACAUCAUUCAGUGAUAUUCACGAAGAAGAUGGAAAAGUUAUUGAAUAGUACCAAACAGCGUCACCGAGAGCUGCGGUACCGCGAUAUUUUUGAAAAGAUGCAUCCAGAAGUGAAAAAGAAUCGCGAAGACCGGGAACUGAAUCUCAAUGAUGGCGUUCGUCCUGUUGUCACGGAGGAUCGUAAGUCCAUGUGGCUGUUACUUGCUCAUCUGCGGUCGCAAGCUGGAACCCAGAAGGGUCAAGGACAGCGGUUGCUCCAGCACGAUCAGAGUACGAGAGCUGGGGAGGCCAAGCUCAAAAGCCACAUGGUCAUCGAUCAAUCAGAACCCAGAGUAAUGAAGGAACAGAUGGAGCCGCCCGACCGAACAAUAUUCACGAAGAAGAUGGAAAAGUUAUUGAAUAGUACCAAACAGCGUCACCGAGAGCUGCGGUACCGCGAUAUUUUUGAAAAGAUGCAUCCAGAAGUGAAAAAGAAUCGCGAAGACCGGGAACUGAAUCUCAAUGAUGGCGUUCGUCCUGUUGUCACGGAGGAUCGUAAGUCCAUGUGGCUGUUACUUGCUCAUCUGCGGGCUUCUGUUCCUGCUCUCUCUUCACCCUUAGUUGAAUCGUCCUGUCAAUCCUCAAAUGGCACGCUUGUUGAUGGAACUCAAACACCUGUUUACGAUCCGGUGGAGGAGAUGAAUAAGAUGAAGGAAUAUGCUAUUGACCCACCCAUGCCACUGGCCCCAUGGCAACGCCGCUAUCGAUUCAUUUAUCAAUCUGGCCUGGUCACCGACUGUCGAGCUCAGUUGCAAGAGGAGCAUGAUUUAUCGAAAUGGACCGAUGAUGAGAAGCAGAUCUUCCGAGAACGCUUUUUGGCUACUCCCAAAAACUUCCCUAGCAUUGCCAGCUACUUGGAGGGGAAAACUGUAGCUGAGUGCAUUCAUUAUUAUUACUUAUCGAAGAAGACCGAGCGAUAUAAGCAGCUGUUGAAAAAACACAACGCUCGUCGUCGCCGAGCUGUGCCAUCGGACCGCGGCGGUGGCGGAAACAACAACUCCAGCGGUGGCUCCAAUUCCAAUCAGAACUUUCCCGCACCGUCUUCAUCUGGGUCGUUCUCAACUGGUCCGUUAAACGGGAAUCUCGGUUCGUCACAGCAGCCACCACCUACAUCUGGUGGAGGAUCCGGCAACGGGGAUCUAAACACCGCACCCUCAGAUACAGUCCGGGAAACGGAGCAUCAGAAACUGUCGGGAAGACAGCGUGAUACAUCCUCCAUCACUGGUGGCCGUUCGCGACCUGGUAGAGGACGACCUGGAACCAGUGGACGGCAACCGCCAACUACUUCGGCUGAUGACUUUCAUGCCACGACCACGACAUCUUGUUCGCAAUCUGAUGGAGCCGCGUCUGGAAAGGCGCAGUCCAACUUUGGAGAGAAGGUUCUCGAUCCCUCGUUAUCUGCCGUUUCCUCUAUGGAGACAGAUGGGGAUGUGCUCCGUGAAGCUGACGAUGGAGUACAGCAUGCUAUUGCGACCGCAGCGCAAACAAACACAAGUGAAAGUGUUCCGUCGGACGCCAUGCUAGGCACUGAACAGCAACCUGUCAAGGCACAGCUUCCAUCGGACACUGUGGAUACAAUCACAAGUGGAGCACGCAGUGCAUCGCCGACAUCGGCCCACUCAGGGCCUUCGCGUGGAAGUCUCACCACCACCCCAAUCCCAUCUUCCUUAUCAUCUACUACCGAUCAGGGAGGAAUGACUUGCAUCAAAGAUCUCAUCCAUUUUGCGAUAGAGAAAAAUUUGACACAACCCUGGACUGACAGGAAUGUGCACCUUCCGUCUGAUUCUGACAGAAACACUGGUUUAGCCCUUCCGUCACCCAACACUCCCGUUUGCUCUUCAGGCAAUAUCAUCUGUGUCCACGCUUCAGAUGGAUGAAUGAUUGCACGGCCGGUUACGAACCCGAGGACUGAAUUUUGUUCUGCUGAUGAGGUUGACACUCUAGUCCACCACCGACCGCCCGUCGAUGGGACGUCAGAACUUCCCAAACCCGGAGACCGUUUGUCCCACAAGUUAUCCGAUUCUGUGAAUGAACAAAUUAAUCAUCAUUUUCCGUCCGCCCCAACAGCCGAUAUUUAUGCAGUGGCUGCUCAAAUUGCAGCAGCAACCGGAAACUCCUCGGAAUUGGCUAACGCUAUGUACGUUGCCGCUGCUGCUGCCGCCGCAGCAACUGUAGCUGUUACAGGCAGCGCCGGUAGUGCUACUAAUCCCGCUACUGAUCGGUCAAUGCAGCGUGGAAGUCCAUUACUAACGCAGUUCCUGCGUUCGUCAUCUCCCGAUAAUAUGUCUCACUCUGGAAACAAGCUACUAUUGUCCGCAAAUUUGGACUGUCGACAAACCAACCGAUCCUCCCAGCGUGCCCCUUCCCCGGUGAAUUGGACUGGUCCUUCUUCUCCCACGACUUCAGAACGUAAUCCAUCUAGCAAAGCUAUCCUGAUCGGAGACUUUCUGACGGCACAGCAAUUGGGAACGGAGGAUCCGAGUGUAACGGUUUCUACGUCUGUUCAUUUGGACCGUACCGCCCCUCCUCCGAGUACAUCUCAUUCGCGGUGCAUCGAUCCGAGUACACUUCCACUCCCGAUUGGACCUUCCACUGUUCGCAAUAGCAUUAUUUCUCCCAACUUGGACCGUCUAUCCUCACGUGGUGGCCCUCCUCAAUUACCAGCUGAAGAACACGCCCCUUCGUUGUCUGCAGAGCGAGCAGCAUGGUUCGCCUUUCACGCCCAGACAGCUAUUGCCGCAGCCGCGGCAGCAGCCGCCGCUGCUGCACGAACUGAAGCUGCCUCAUCAACAGCGUUACAACCAUUCGUUGCGCAACCCGCUUCCCCCGUUGUUCUUCCGCCGCUACCCCAUUGCGCUUAUUCUCCACUCUCCCCGAGUCCUCCGAAAACCGAUAUCACGGGAGCCUCGGGUAAAACGUCUCCCAUCUCCUCAAACUGGCGAUCCCAGACCGAUUGCGGUUCGGCUAAAAUUCCUGACGAACCCAGCGCUCAGAUAGCCACAUUCAUAUCGAAUGCACAACGCCGAUAUUGUGAAGAGGUGGAAAUCUAUGCUAAAAGGGACCGUUCUGAUUCCAUGCGUACCCUAACUAGUAGCGAAGCUUCUCGGUUUGUGGGUGCACUGAAAAGUGCUCGCCAAUUGCAACAUCAACAACCGCAACAUGCAGCUCCAUUGGAUCCGGUGAUUAGUCCUACUAAAACAGAAUCAGGAACAUCUAGUUCGGUCCUCAAAAGACCUCGGUCGUCAGAAACAAUAGAGGAUUUAUCGACAACUAAACGCGCUCACCUUUUACCCAGUGCACAAUGCUUUGGACCCCCUUCUCCUGAAAAACCAGUAUCAAAAUUGCAUGAACGAAGCCCGCCAACUCAAAGACCACGAAUAUUUAUUUGUGAUGAACUUCCUGAUGACAGUAGUGUGGAUUCUCUGUUUCCAACAAGCGCACACGUUUUCAGACGUCGAGGUUAUACGGAAUCCCAAAUUAAUCGACGCCGGUCUCUUCCCGAGGUGUCUCAAGUCGAACCUAUCCCGGGAGACUCGAAUCAGCAACCAAUCGUUUCCACUCAGAAGGACUUGGCAGCUCCUAAGCCCUUGAAUCCUGUAACAUACAUCGACGCACUUAUACACAGUCAUCUGAAUCGCUCGUCUACCAGGAAUGCGGAUGACACUAACGGCUCCGUUGCUUCCAAUCGCAAUAUCCCCAAACUGACUUCAUCAGGAUUCGGAACCACAAGUAGUGGCGCAGCAGACUUGUCCAAUGGGACAGUACCAUCCACUGGUGGGGAUACCGUGCAACAAAAGUUACCUGGUUUCUCGCGCUCUGGUAGCACGAAUACACUAGAAGAACAAAUCAAUAAGGCUAUCACUGAGGAAAUACGUGCUCAAAUCCAUCCCAAUAAUCUUGCUUCUGUUGUCUCGAGCUCCCCCGCGGUACCCGGAAUAUCCACCUCUAUUUCGUUCCCAAUGAGCUCAAUCAACCCAAUAACAACAGUAGCAGAAACCGUUUCCUCAGUGCCACCUAUCGUUCCGUUGAAGAAACGCGAUCGUGGUUGUUCUCUGUCUUCUGUAGCCCAUUCUACCAAGUUAUCUGCUUCUCUGGAGCCGUUGGACAUACCGAGACGACAUUCUAAUCCCACAGGUUUGUCGUAUGGAACCAGUGAGCGUGAUAACACGCUGGUCAUACACUCAGUCGACCCUAAUGAUAGUAAUUGUAAUAAACCGACAAACGAUACAGUUGCAGCGAAAUGGCUGACAAUCAGUCGACAGAAUGGUACGAGGCUUUCCUUGGACCUUCAGCACAUCACAGCAAAACCGAACGCGAUCGAUCUAAAAGUUGACGUUACACCUCCCAAGUUUUGUCUUCCAGAAACUUCGCCUAACUCAGCUACUGCAUCAACUUCACCAGUUUGUCCAAAAAAUUCCACCGUGAUGCGUUGCAUGACGCCUCAGAAAUCUACCGCGGGGAGUUGUGACGACCGGCCACCCUCGCCUUGUUCCUCUGUCGGUGAUCUGGAUUCUCCGGGAAGUUUGCAUAUCGAUUUGGCUGCUUCGGACUUCCAACCUCCUAUUAUGAAGGACUUGGAUUCGAACGCUCGUCAGCUCCCACACAAACGGUCUCCAGUUCCUUCAGAAACUAACAACAGUCCUUGUAAGGACUCCGCUUCUGGAAGGACAAGCACUACGCACUUGGAAGGAAACAAACCCAUACCGGAAUACUUGGAUCAUCCCCCGGUGCAUCCUGAACUAACUGCUUGAUUCUGUGAAAGAAGCAUCGUUGUUUCCCACCCGCUUUACUGCUGUAAUCAUUCGUCUUCGAAGCCAGUGUUGAACGCUGCAUUUCUUUACCCCCUUGUUGACCUGGGGCAGACUCUUUAACCGCCCGUUGUCUUUUCCAGUUUAGUAUUUUGGCCCUAGUUAGCUAGCUCUUCAUAUGGGGAUGUCACGUCCCCUUCCACGAUUCUGCCGAGAUUUUGCGUCACAGGUCUUUCGCAUCUUCUGCGAUAUGUGGUUUCGGCCGUCUACAUAGCGUUCCUCACUGCUCUGUUGUAUCCCAUCCAUCUAGUGUCGCAGUAGUGAUGUAUUCUUUCAACAGCUCUCCAUUCUGUGCAGGUGAUUCCCUUUCCUUCACAUGCUGUAUUAACCACAUCCCUACCUUUUUACCCGUCUACUGCUGUCCUAAUGUGUGUGCGCCUUCUUCCGGUCGAGUCCCUCAUACUACCGUCACUACAACCGUCUAUGCUUUGUAUAUUACUUAUCUGUUUUUUCCUUCCCGUGCGGGUUCAAAAAGUGUCCUCCCUCUCACAUUGUCUUGGAUUGCUUCCGUUUCGGUUCAUACAUUCAUCGAUUCCUA